GCCUGAGGGGGGACUUUGGCCGCGCAGCCGCCGGCGGGGAAUUUUGGGGUGUCCCCUCCCCAGGCUGAGGGUGGCCCCCCGGGCCCUGCUGUGCUGCCCCCCGAGAGCCUCGAGAGCCCCCCAGAGCUCCAGCGCGGCGGGCAGCCACGGCAGCGUUCCCAGAGCUCGUGGUGUCCCCAGGCCCAUCGGUGUCCCCCUGUCCCUCACGGUGUCCCCUCCCCGCAGCCCCGCGGCCAUGGCAGCGCCCCCAGACCCCUCGGUGUCCCCCGGCCCCCCGGGCGGGCUGGUGGCGGUGGCCCAGGUGACAAGCACGGGGGACAAGGAGCACAACUGGCGGCAGUGCUCGGCGCUGGUGCGGCGCGCGGCGGCCGCGGGGGCCCGGGCCGUGUUCCUGCCCGAGGGCUUCGACUUCAUCGGGGACAGUCCCCAGCACAGCCUGGCGCUGGCAGAGCCGCUGCACGGGGACAUCGUGGGACGCUACCGCCAGCUGGCCAGGGAGUGUGACGUGUGGCUCUCCCUCGGGGGCUUCCACGAGCGUGGCCCGGACUGGGACAGCACCGGGCGGAUCUACAACAGCCACCUGCUGCUGGACAGCUCGGGCGCGCUGGUGGCCGCGUACCGCAAGCUGCACCUGUUUGACGCGGCGCUGCCGGGGGCGCCGGCGCUGUGCGAGAGCUCCUUCACCAACCCCGGCCGGGAGCUGCUGCCCCCCGUCGACACCCCCGUGGGCAAGCUGGGGCUGGCCGUGUGCUAUGACCUGCGUUUCCCGGAGCUGGCCCAGGCCCUGCGCGGGGCCGGUGCCCAGAUCCUGACCUUCCCCUCGGCCUUCACCGUGCCCACCGGAGCCGCGCACUGGGAGGUGCUGCUGCGUGCCCGUGCCAUCGAGUGCCAGUGCUACGUGGUGGCCGCGGCUCAGACCGGCCGGCACAACGCCAGCCGCGCGUCCUUCGGCCACUCGCUGGUGGCCGACCCCUGGGGCGCCGUGGUGGCCCAGUGCCACGAGGGGCCGGGGCUGUGCCUGGCCCAGCUCGACCUGGCCUACCUGGAGCAGGUGCGCAGGGACCUGCCCGUGCACGGCCACCGCCGUGGGGACAUCUACGGGACUCUGCCGGGGACACCGGGGACGUGACGGCGCCACAGCGGGGCCAGAUCCGAUGGGAACUGGCAGCGGGUUUGCUUCGCUGUCCCCAGAACGGGAUGGCACGACGUGUCCCCCUUUUCUUUGGGGGGUCCCAAACCUGCAGCAAUUCAGCUCCAAAUCAGUCCCAAAUCUGCAUUAAUUCAGCCCCAAAUAUUCCCCCAAAUCUGCAACAAAUUCAGCCCUAAAUCAGCCCCAAUCUGCCUUUUUUGUCCCCAAAAUGGAAUGGCACAAUGUGUCAAUGUGUCCCCCCUUUCUGUUUGGGGGGUCCCAAUCAGCCCCAAAUCUCCAUCAACUCAGCCCUAAAUCAGCCCCAAAUCUGCAUAAAUUCAGCCCAAAAUCUUCCCCCAAAUCAGCCCCAAAUCUGCAUCAAUUCACCCCUAAAUCUACCCCAAAAUCAGCCCCAAAUCUGGCCAAAUUCACCCCAAAAUCUGCAUCAAUUCAACCCCAAAUCUGGCCAAAUUCACCCCAAAAUCUGCAUAAAUUCACCCCCAAAUCUGCCCCAAUUCACCCCCAAAUCUGCCCCAAAUCAGCCCAAAUUUGCCCUGAAUCAGCACUUUUGUCCCCAAAAGGGAUUUCUGCUUUUUGGGGGGUUCCCCCUUUUUUUAGGGCUUCUGGAGGGGGAGGAAUUUCUUUCUAUUAAAAUUUGAAAAAUAUCAAAAUCCCAGGAAAUGACCCCAAAGCGUGGAGGAACUUUGGGAUGGGAUUGGGGACAACCCUGAACCCCCCAAGUGCUGGGUGGGAAUGGGGGAAAAAACAAGGAAAACGGGAAAAAAACUCCAUCCCUGUCGGGUUUUGGGGGAAAAUGGGAAUUUUUUGGGGGAAAACCAGGGAUUUUGGGGAGGAAAAUGGGAAUUUUGGGGGAAAUUGCCAUUUGGUUUUCGUUGUUGUUU